GCACUGGGGACUCGAGCUUGGUGCUUCAAGACGCAGGCUGCAACCGCGUCGUGUGAAUGAACUGAGCGGAUUGCCGCGGACUGAGGCAAUGGCCUGAACUCUCAUGGAGUCACCCAGGGACCUGGACAUUGAGGUCUGGUUGGCAGGAGUACAUCUAGAACGGUACGCAGAUACGUUCCGGAGGCACGGUGUGUCCACUGCGACUGCUGCCCAAAGCCUGGGCCACGAGGAACUUCGUCGAAUGGGCAUCUGGGCCACCGGUCAUCGCAAACGGAUUCUUCGCCUGCUUCAGGGGGCUACUGUGGAGGUCCCUACAGACACCCCACUGGACACUACCAUGGAUCAAACCCCAAACCCAGAUCCUCAAGUGCUCCCCACCAAACCAGUGCCCAAACCAAGGACAGUGUUUACUUUUUUUGGCACCACUCCUGCUGAAUCAGUCCUGCCUCCCUUGUUGAACCCUCCUAUGGAGACCCUUCCAGUGCCUCAGGAAGAAGAUACCAGCCUAAUAGUCCAAGAUGAAGGGAGCAUGGUCCCCAGGGGUUCAGAGCAGCCAGUGAGCCAAGAACCUUCCCUAAGCACCCCCCAGUCUCCCAUUUCCCCCUCCUUCCCUUCAGAUCAGCCUCCUAUCUUGGACAGGAUGACCAUGAUGCCCAAUGAUAUCUACUUUGGCCUAGACCUUGGAAGGGGAGCACAACCAGGGACUCAGGAAAUGACUACAGACUGCUCCCUGGUAGAUUCUCCUACUCCCAUCCCUACUUCCAGACCUACAGGAGGCACAGUGCAUAUCAUGGACCCUAGCAGCCUGUACUAUGGUGUUCAGCCUGUUUCAGUCCCUGGAACUCCCAAAGGGAGGAAGACAAGGGGUGUCAGUCAGUCAGCAGGUGAACCCAGGCCAAGCAGCCAUGAAUCAGAGGGGGUAGAGGAUUGUGGCUAUGCCAGUCUGGAGCUGCCUGGGAACUCCACCCACUUGAUGCCCAUCCUAGACCCUGAAGAGCCAGGCGAUGAUCUUAUCUCUCCCUAUGCCAGCUUCACCUCACUAGCUGAUCCCCCCACACCCUUGCUCAGUGGCUGGUUGGACAAGCUCUCGCCUCAGGGGUGUGAUUGGAAGGGGGUGAUAUGGGGGACUUUGGAAAGAACAAAAACCAGGGAGGAGUGUGAGAAGGGGAGGGAAGCCAUAAGAGAGGAGAGGAAUUAUGUCUUUCAGAGGCGUUUUGUCAGGUUCAAUGGAAAGAAACUGAUGUAUUAUGGAAGUGACAAGGACACCUUCCCUAAGGGGGUUAUCCCAUUGACUGUCAUUGAGAUGAUCCGAAGCUGCAAGGAUUGCAAGUUCCAAGUCAUCACUAGCCAAAGGGUGUUUGUGUUUCGAGCUGAGAGCGAAGCUCAGAGGGACAACUGGUGCUCCACACUGCAGUCUCGGCUAAAGGAGCAACGGCUUCUAGGCAACCCCCGGCCACCUCAUCCACCCCGUCCUCUCCGCACAGGGAUCCUAGAACUUCGGGGACACAAAGCUAAAGUGUUUGCAGCUCUGAGCCCUGGGGAGCUAGGACUGUACAAGAGUGAGCAGUCCUUUUCUCUGGGCAUUGGAAUUUGUUUCAUUGAGCUUCGGGGCUGCAGUGUCCGGGAGACCAAGAAUCGAAGCUUUGACCUUCUUACACCCCAUCGAUGCUUCAGCUUCACAGCGGAGUCAGCCUGUACUCGCCAGGUCUGGGCAUCUGCACUGCAGGAGGCCAUUACUGAGACUCUGUCUGACUAUGAGGUGGCUGAAAAAAUCUGGUCCAACCGAGCAAACCGACACUGUGCAGACUGUGGAGCAGCUCGUCCUGACUGGGCCUCAAUCAACCUGGGAGUGGUCAUCUGCAAGCAUUGUGCAGGACAACAUCGGGCCCUGGGCUCUGGGGUAUCUAAGGUGCAGAGUCUGAAACUAGACACAAGCAUCUGGAGCAAUGAGAUCGUGCAGCUUUUCCUCAUCCUGGGCAAUGAUGGAGCCAACCGGUUCUGGAUAAAGGGACUGCCCCCAGGAGGAGGGCUGCAUCCAGAUACUCCCCCUGGCCCCCGUGGGGACUUCAUCUCCCGCAAAUACCGGCUUGGCCUCUUUCGGGGACCCCAUCCUCAGUACCCUGACCACAGUCAGCUGCUGCAGGCACUGUGUGCAGCUGUGAUGGGACCCAACUUGUUGAAAACCAUGAUUCAGCUUUUCUCAUAUGAGGAACCGUGCUCUGAAGGCAGUUUCUCUAAUCUCCUCCCCCUAGACUCAUCCCCUAGUGUGUACAAUGAAGUCCUGGUGCCUGCUGCACUAAGUGGCUUUUUGUACUGCAGCCCAGUCAGCAGCAAACCUGGACCUCCACCCCACCGCCGGGGCCGGGAUGCACCCCCUAGGCUGUGGUGUGUGUUGGGAGCAGCCCUGGAGAUGUUUUCAUCAGAGACCAGUCCAGAGCCAAUCAGUUUGAUCCAGCCUCAGGAUGUGGUGUGUCUGGGGGUAAGCCCCCCACCAGUUGACCCAGGGGACCUUGACAGGUUCCCAUUCUCCUUUGAACUCAUUCUGACUGGAGAAAGGGUCCAAUAUUUUGGAACUGAUGGAGCUGAUAGUCUGGAGGCCUGGACCAGAGCAGUGGGCAAGUGGUUCUCCCCACUAAGCUGUCACCAGCUCCUGGGCCCUGGCCUGCUGAGGCUAGGCCGUUUACGGUUGCGGUCCCCUUCUCAGACUGCAAUGACCCCAGGCCUCUGGCUGUCUGCCUUUGGCCUCCUCCGAGGUGACCACCUAUUCCUGUGCCCAGCACCAGGCCCUGGCUCCCCAGCUCCUGAGGACACUGUGCACCUGAGAAGACUGCAGGAGAUCAGUGUGGUAUCUGCAAACGACAGCCCUGAUAAGAAAGACCAUCUAGUCCUGGUAGAAACAGGAAGGACCCUGUAUCUACAGGGAGAGGGGCGUAUAGACUUUGCUGGCUGGAGCACUGCCAUUGGAGGAGCAGCUGGAGGGGGGGGCACAGCGCUGCAAGGGCAGCAGAUGAGUCGAGGAGACAUUCCCAUCAUUGUGGAUGCCUGCAUCAGCUUUGUCACUCAGCAUGGUCUACGUUUGGAGGGUGUAUAUAGGAAGGGGGGUGCUCGGGCACGAAGUCUCCGGCUCCUGGCUGAGUUCCGGCAGGAUGCACGGUCAGUGAAGCUCCGGCCAGGAGAGCACUUUGUGGAAGAUGUAACGGACACACUCAAACGCUUCUUCCGGGAGCUGGAUGACCCUGUUACCUCUGCACGUUUGUUACCCAGAUGGAGGGAGGCUGCAGAGUUACCCCAGAAGUCUCAGCGGCUAGAGCGGUACAAGGAGGUGAUUGGAUGCCUGCCCAAGGUCAACCACAGAACACUGUCCACUCUCAUUGGUCACCUCUACCGGGUGCAGAAAUGUGCAAGUCUGAACCAGAUGUGUACUCGGAACCUGGCCCUGUUAUUUGCACCAAGUGUGUUCCAGACAGAUGGGCGAGGGGAGCAUGAGGUUCGGGUGCUGCAGGAACUCAUCGAUAACUACAUAUCUGUCUUUGAUAUCGAUUCAGACCAAGUGGCUCAGAUUGACCUGGAAGUCAGUCUCAUAACUACCUGGAAGGAUGUGCAGCUGUCACAAGCUGGAGACAUCAUCAUGGAAGUGUACUUGGAACAGCAGCUACCAGACAACUGUGUCACCCUGAAGGUUUCCCCAACACUGACUGCUGAGGAGCUGACAAAUCAGGUACUAGAGAUGAGGGGAGCAAUAGCUGGCACAGACCUGUGGCUGAUGUUUGAGAUCCGGGAGCAUGGAGAGCUUGAGCGGCCCCUGCACCCAAAGGAACGGGUUCUAGAACAGGCCCUGCAAUGGUGCCAGCUCCCUGAACCAGGCUCUGCUUCCCUGUUGCUGCGCAGGGUCUCCCUAGCCCAGGCCAGCUGCCUCUUCACAGGUGUGCGUCGGGAGAGUCCUCGGGUGGGCCUGCUUCGGUGCCGGGAAGAGCCCCCCAAGUUGCUAGGAAGUCGUUUUCAGGAAAGGUUCUUCCUACUUCGGGGACGCUGCCUAUUGCUGCUCAAGGAGAAAAGGAGUUCUAAGCCAGAGCGAGAAUGGUCUUUGGAUGGUGCAAAAGUUUACCUAGGAAUACGCCGAAAGCUAAAGCCACCAACACCAUGGGGGUUUACACUGAUCCUGGAGAAGCUGCAGCUCUACCUGUCCUGCACAGAUGAGGAUGAGAUGUGGGACUGGACAACCAGCAUCCUUAAAGCCCAGCAUGAUGAUCAGCAGCCUGUGGUCCUUCGGCGGCAUUCCUCUUCUGACCUAGCCCGACAGAAAUUUGGCACAAUGCCCCUGUUGCCUAUUCGAGGUGAUAACAGUGGUGCUACCCUGCUUUCUGCCAACCAGACACUGCGCCGACUGCACAACCGGAGGACGCUAUCCAUGUUUUUUGUGAGUACUGUGCCCCCUUCCCCCAAUGCCAUGUGCUCUCCUGUGUUCCUCUGUGCCCACCCCUGAACAGGGGACCGCUAUGUGCUCCUGAUGCGCUAAACAUUGGUUGCCCUGUGAAGCUGGGAGCAUGGUUCUGGGGGGGGGCGGAGCUACUAGGGCAUUAG